ACCACGUCGUAGUGAGAUUAACUAUUUACCAAACAUGCCAGAUGCUGAAACACCGGAUACCUUGGAAAGUGAACGCAAAGCCUUAAUUGACGAAGUCAAGAAGAAAAAUAAUGAGAACAUUGUUGCUGACAAAAUGGCCAAGACAUUUCCACUACGGAGAAAGGAAAUAGUUGGUGAUAGACCUUUAGUGAGCACAUUAAAGGAAAGAUGGCCUGGGCUGUUUGGAGAAAGUCAGAUAAAGGCAGAAUUUAUGCGCAUAACAACAAAACCUCUCUCAGCAACUUUCUUCAGGAAAUUCGACAACAUCAGUCACCGGCUUAUCAGUAUCUGCAGGUCCAAAGGAGGUGCCCUUGGAAAGAAGUUACAAGAAAUCAUGCAGCCUCUGGAAGAAACUGGGGACAUCAACAAGCGACGUGAAGUGAUCCUAACUGCAUUAUGCCACUACCUGGGGGAGGACAGUAGUCAGUUGAUUUCAGAGUAUUUGGACACAACUCUACCUGAGGAGAUCCUAGAAAGAGAGAGGGAGAAAGCCAUGAAGAUAUAUGUUGUGAAGAAGGAGGGAGGUGAUGUCAGUGAUCCACCAGCCGACAUAGGGAUCAUCCUCGAAGGAGUGGAUGUAGUCAGCAACAUCCGAAGUGUAGCAGAUGCCUUAAUUCUCAUUUUUGGACUGGUCUACGCAGUUGACUUGCAAUAUCCUCCAAAGCUGAAGUACCUAUUUGAGGUUAUUCAAAAACUCAUUAUGGGCCUCGAGGGCUCUGGGAAACUCUCACCCAAAGUCCAAUCUCUGAAACUCAAGCUGAUGGUUUAAGUAGGAAUCCAACAAAGGAAAACGAUGGAGACUUUUAAUGUCCAGUUCAAAUUCGUUCUGCAGUUUUAUUAUGUCAUUUUUUGUGUUUCAGUGGGAAAUUGUUUUCACCAUAGUACCAUAAUACACAAUUUGUAUUGGGUCAGGAUUUCCGUUUCGGAAUGAAAUGGUGUUCAUUGUUAUUAAUAUUGUUUUGUUUUUGUUUUGAAAUUUUUUGGCAACUUUCAGUACUUUGGGCAUCAAAAUUCUUACUUUGAUUGGCACCACCAUAUUUAUUACCAAACUUUACAUCGUAAACUCUCUUCCCAAAGAAGUGAACACUAUCCCUUCGAAACAGGAAUCUGAGCCUUAAUUAGAUGAACAUUUCUGUUUUUAGGACCACACGUAAUCAAUAUAUUUAAGUAUUAUUUAUGUUUCUGAGGUGUCAUAUCUUCUAUAAUUUGAAUAAUUUAGGGGUAAUUACUGGGGGUCUUUUGCCCCAUGACCCCCCCCCCCCCUUGUAUCAGCCCUGAGGUAUGUCUUUUUUGCUGUAUCACCUUCAAAUACCUUGAGCAAUUGUAAUAAAGCUGCAAUGCCAUUGGUUGAAGGAGCCAUAUUUUUUCAUGACAAAUCUAGAAUAAGGGCUUUGAAUGCCAAAAUAUCACCUGCCUCCUUUGAAUACUAAGAAGCCACAAAAAUUGGCGUCAUGUCAUAAUAUCUUGCAUACAAUCAAAUAGUAUAGAUGUGACAUGGAUCUUUAUUGGAAAUGGGCAUGUUUCGUUACUCGUCACUAAACCACAUAUUGAAGCCAUAUAUGAAGAAUAUGGAUUACGCUCGUAACAUUUGUUACUCUUCUUGCCUUCUUGACUAUUUAUCAACAUGGCUGAAAAUAACUUGGAAAAAGUAAAGCUUUGCAGACAAGGUCUUGAGUCUAAGUGUAUUACAAACUGCACUUUUAUGUCUUAAGUUUUAGAGCAUUAGAUCAUUAUGAAUGUUGUUAAUUCUAAUAGAUGAGUACUUUUUUUAUAAGCUUUAUAACUGUAUACAGGGUGGCCCUUAAAUAAUGGAAUCCAUGUAAUACUCAGUUGUAUCAAAUUAAAUUACGAUAAGUGAAUAUUAUUGACUUCAUUCGAUAAGAGUAUUUUCUCUAAGAUGAUACCAAUAUCACUUGUUUUGGCCCAUGCACCCAUAUGAUGCAUGAACCAAAAUUAGUGGGCUUGGAAUCAUCUCAGAGGAAAAUUAGUAUUAGUAUUAGAAUUAAGUCAUAGUAGAGUUUUUUUUGUGUGUGUGUGAUUCGAUUUGGUGCAAUUAAGGAUCUCAUGAAUUCCAUUCUUUGCAGGCCACCUUGCACAACCGUUCUUAAGGAUGUCUGGCCAUGCCAUGAUUUUUAAAAACUGCUUUCCUUUUCAGUAUGUGCCAAUGUGCGUUUUUGUUCAAGAAAAUGUGGUUUUGAUUUGCACUUUUUUUAUAUUUUAAACUUCAGUAUUCGUAGCCCAAAGGGCAAAGGGUGAUACAUGAAUCCUAUUAUACCUUAACGGAUACAAUUUUAUGAAAGAGGAAUAGAGAAAUCAUUCGAUUGGAUCAU